AUGUCCUCGUCGGAGUCGAUCACCGAGGAAGCCGCGCAGCAACUGGACAACUACCUCAGCACCUUCAACGCAGGAGAUUUCGGGGGAGUCGCGAAAUUUUACGAUGAGCCUUUUGUAUCCAUCUCACGAGCUGGUGUGUCAGUGAUACGUGAUCACAAGGCCGCCGAGGAUUUGUUGGUCAGCACCGUCGAACGCUUGAAAAAGGACGGGUUCAGCAACUCUGUGUGGGCGGCGCCCAAGAAGGUCAUUGUGUUGGACGAAGCCGGUCUGGUGCUCGUUAGCUGUCCCUGUAGGAGACUGAGGCAGGAUGGCACCCUCUGCGAACAGUUUACCGCAACGUAUACCAUGCGAAAGACGGACGACCAACGGUGGCUGAUUGUGGCUAUACAUACCCAUCCAUUUACCAAUCAAUUGAAUCAAGAGUCAUAA